UGGAAUUUACACCGUCUUAAGUAAAAAUCAACUUUUUAAACGAUGAAAAAGGCGAUUAAUGCCGUUUCAACAUGCCGAUUGCCGAAGUGUUUUUACCGGUCCAACAGCAGCAGCAGUAGCAGGUUUUCAGGAGAGAUCCUCCUAUCUCGUUUGGUUGGGUAGGAGGUGGCCUUUAUGGCACGUGUUGCGCGACUUUACGACGCGGCAACACGUGCAACAACGUGGUUCUACAGAGUGGGGAAGAAGUUGCCGCUAUCAGUCGCCUACGGGAUGUCGCGUGGAAUGUCGACGGGCGUCGCUUGAAUAUUAUCGCUUUACGUGGUUUUUACGCGCGAUUUACCGACUUUUUAUUGUAAAUUAA